UUAUUUUGGUAAUUGUGGUUUCCUCAAAACUUUGAGACAUCGAGAUGUUUCGUCUUUUCAAGGAUCCACGCGCUACUAUUAUUAUUAACUCUUUUAUGUCUCUAAUCUUCUGAAGCUUCUGCAAGAUAUUAUUACAGAGUUCAUCUGAGGUGAUUGGAAGUCUGAUUCUAUGAUUGUCGAAAGUUCUAAGUUUAACUGAAGGGAGGUUGUUUUGAUGUUGAUUUGAGUUUAGAGAAGGCUAGUGAAUGGUUUCCUUUCGGAAAAAUCAGUGGAGGGAAGUUUCUAUUGGUGAAUCCCCAGCAAAAUAGCUGAAUUCUGCAAUUUGAAGUGAAAUAUAGUUUUUCGGAUAUGGAAGUUAGAGGAAAAUGUAGGGUUUUCUUCUGCAGAAAGAUCAUCCUUGAGAAUGCUCAGUCCAGUGUUAUUGGAAUUAAGAACAUCUGCUGACAGAAGGAUUAGUUCUUGUACGGUAGGAACUGAUUUUGGAGGUGAAGAUGGACUACCCCUUUCUAUCCAGAGAGAAAGGAACUAAUUAUUGGGCUUCUUCACAAGCUCUGCCAGAGGUUUUCCAGUCACCGCAAGGUGGAAUGGAAAGUCUGAUUUCAGAUGACCCUGUUAGUUUUUCAGAGCUCAUGAACUUUGAUUCUUAUGCUGAGCUAUGCAGUAGCCCGUCCUCUGUGGACCCAUCUCUUCCAUACUACGACAUGAGUCCUCUGCAGUCAAUGCCUGGUGGGUUUGCCUCUUUUUCUCCGUUGAAUUUUACAGCAUUGAGCUCUGGUGUCUUCCCUUUAGCUGAUGGGGGUUCUUUCUGUGCGGGUGGUUCCUCAAAUUGUGCUGGAAAGAUGGAAUCUCAAAAAACAGAUACACAGUUCGGUUUUCCAUUGAAUUCUUCUGUUGCAGUGGACUUGUGUCAUAAAGAAAGCAGUAGUUGUUUUCCCUCAGGCAGCACUCCAGAUAUGGGUAACGAUAUUAUCCCUAGACCACUGGAGUCAUCAUCUGCUGAUAGGAUGUUUAGGGCCCUGGGCUUAUUUAAAGAAUUAUCUGGAGGGGGGAUUCUUGCACAAUUUUGGGUUCCUAUUAAACUUGGUGACCAGCUUAUUUUAAGUACCUUUGAGCAACCCUACUUGUUAGAUGAAAUGCUUGCAGGGUAUCGUGAAGUAUCAAGGACAUUCACUUUCUCUGCAAAAGCGACACCUGAUUCUUUUCCUGGGCUUCCUGGGAGAGUUUUUAUGUCUAAAACACCUGAGUGGACCUCAAAUAUAGUAUAUUACAGCAAGUCUGAGUACUUGCGGGUAGACCAUGCGGUUGAACAUAAAGUCCGUGGAUCUAUUGCAUUGCCUGUUUUCAGUCCCCAUGAGAAGUCAUGUUGUGCGGUGCUUGAACUUGUUACUUUGAGAGAGAAACCCAAUUUUGAUCCAGAGAUGGAAACUGUCUGCCGGGCUCUUGAGGCUGUAAAUUUGAGGACCAAUGUGCCAUCUCGAGUUUGUUCAAAGGGCCUUUCAAAGAGCCAGAAAGCUGCCUUGACUGAGAUAGUUGAUGUUCUGACAGCAGUUUGUCAUGCACACAGACUACCGCUGGCUCUUACAUGGAUUCCCUGUAGCUACAUCGAUGGAUUUAAUGAUGAAUUUACUGGAGAAAAUAUGAGAGAGAAUGAUAAAACCAUGUCCGAGAAAUCUAUACUGUAUAUUGAGGAUACAGCAUGCUAUGUUAAUAAUAAUGAGAUGCAAGGAUUUGUGCAUGCAUGUACUGAGCAUCACCUUGAGAAGGGUCAAGGUGUUGCUGGAAAAGCACUUCAAUCAAAUCAUCCUUUCUUCUCCCCUGAUGUCAAAGGGUAUGAUAUAAGUGAAUAUCCACUUGUACUUCAUGCACGUAAGUUCGGACUGAAUGCGGCAGUUGCUAUCAGGCUACGGAGCACCUACACCGGUGCUGAUGAUUACAUAUUAGAGUUCUUUCUCCCACUCAACUGUAAAGGGAGUUCAGAGCAACAACUCUUGUUGAACAAUCUUUCCUGUACCAUGCAGAGGAUCUGCAAGAGUUUGAGAACUGUUUCAGAUGUGGAACUAGUUGGGCAAGAAGAUGGUACAAAAUCAGGGACAAACUUUCCACCAACAGCUGUUGUGCCUGGAGAAAGCUCUCAACCAACAUUGCCAGAUCUUGCUUUGGAUUCUAAUGAAAGGGUGACCAUGCACAUAUCUAAUCCUACUAAUGAAGUUAUGGUGGGAGAUGUUCCACAUGAACAGACUAGUGGCCCUAAGCGACAGCUGGAGAAAAAGCGAAGUACCGCAGAGAAGAAUAUUAGCUUAAGUGUUCUUCAACAGUACUUCUCUGGGAAUCUGAAGGAUGCUGCAAAAAGCAUUGGUGUUUGCCCAACUACACUGAAAAGGAUAUGCAGACAGCAUGGGAUCUCCAGAUGGCCAUCUCGAAAAAUAAACAAGGUAAAUCGUUCACUGAGAAAAAUACAGACUGUGAUUGACUCUGUGCAAGGCGUUGAAGGUGGACUGAAAUUUGAUCCCAUAACUGGGGAACUUGUUGCGGCAGCAUCUGUCGUCAAAGAUUUGGAGGCACGAAACUACAUGUACUCCCACAACAAAAUUCAGGCUACUCGAAACCCAGAUUCAACAAUCCAAGAUUUGACCCCAAUAUCUUCUGUCCCAUAUGCGGAGCGCGAGAGUUCUGCAGUGAAAUUGGAAGAUGAGGGAUGUUCUAGAGAUGCCCACCAAGUGGGGCCUAUGGGGAGCAUGCUUCUGUCUGAUAAAUACAAGGGAGAAAAAGAGAAAGACGGUACCCACCCUAUUGGCUCUGGCCAUAAGCCUAAAUUUUCUGCAUCAGAUCCAGGGUUGCUGCUACCAGAGAAACUUGAAGCAAUUCCUUGGGCGUACACUAAAGAAGUGCCUCAGGAUUCAUAUUUUUCAAAGCAGAGAUAUGACACGCGGCGAUCAAGCAAGAACUGUUUGGGUUUAGAAAGCUCUGACUAUCAUAUCACAUCUCUAAGUUCGAGCUCAAUGCCAGCAGCUGAUGAAAUGGGAGUGGACUAUGAUGGGGUGGCUGAACAUAACCAGCCCUCUUCUUCAGGAAUGACAGAUUCAUCAAAUGGUUCAGGCUCGAUGAUGCAUGUUACUGCUUCAAGUUCUGUAAGCUUCCAUAUGAAUGAUCAUUCAAAAGGAGAAAGGUCCAUCAGGGAUAAUGGGGCUGCCAUCACAGUGAAAGCUACUUACAAAGACGACACUGUGAGAUUCAAGUUUGACCCUUGUGUAGGGUGUUUCCAGUUGUUUGAGGAGGUUGCAAAACGGUUCAAAUUGCCAACAGGGGGAUUCCAGCUCAAAUACCUUGAUGAUGAGGAGGAGUGGGUCGUGUUGGUGAGUGACUCCGAUUUGCAGGAAUGUCUUGAGAUAAUGGACUCUAUUGGGUCUCGUAAUGUCAAGCUCAUGGUACGUGAUUUGUCAUCUGCUGAGGGCAGCUCUGCCAGUAGCAAUUGCUUAUUCAUGGGAGGCUCGUGAAUAGCUAGGGACGGGAAACGGCUUGGUACUCGAGGGUCUGGUUUGUUUUGUUGCAUGCUAAUGAUUUUGACGGAUCGAACUGCAAGUUAAUUCUCCAUGAACUUACUUUGCUCUCGUAUACCAGGCGACUUCAGAGGUCCGACCGAAUAUGCUUCACUGUUCUAUAUUGUGCUAAUCAGUUGUAAGGAUAUGAUGCAAUCAAUUCUCUGCGGAUCCAUUCUCGUUUUUUGUACAUUAUUACAUUUUACAAUUGACAAGUAAUGAGCAUAUAGGGUUUUUAGAUGUAAAGUCUGUAAAUGAUAUGUUGUAAUCUUCCAGAAAUAUCAUCUUAAUAACUUCCAUUCUCAUCUUCAAUA